AUAACAUGCGCGUUGUACUCCUCUUCCUGGUGCUGUUCUGCAAAGAGUACACCGUGACAGGCUUGGAACUGGUAGAGCUCCGGGUGCCGACUCAUGUACCUCUGGGCACGAGGCCAUCGCUGUCAUGUCGCUGGCGACUGAGUCCCACCGACAUACUAUACUCUGUCAAGUGGUACAAAGAUGGAAAAGAAUUCUUUAGACACGUACCGCGCGAUGUUGAGCCGAGGAGGAAAUUUUUGCUGCCUGGAGUUGACGUAGAGCAAUCAACUCACAAUGCAUCGAACGUGACGCUGUACCCGGCUGUGCUGGAGACAGGCGGGCGUUAUCGUUGCGAGGUGUCGGGUGAACGACCACUGUUUCCAACCGUUUCUGAUUUUGCCGAUAUGAUCGUAGUGGCUCUGCCUUCUACAGGACCGGUUAUAACUGGUUCUCGACUGCGAUAUCAGAUUGGGGAUCGAGUUCAAGUGAACUGUACGUCUGGCCGGUCCCGCCCCGCCACGAAGCUCUCGUGGUACAUCAACGGUGAACCAGCACCGCUCUCCACUGUUCUUGAACCAGAACUUUACAAGCACGAAGAUGGCUUGGAGACUACAAGUCUUGUCCUCGAUUUUAAAGCUAAGCCGAAGCACUUUCGUAAGGGAGACUUGAAGUUGAAGUGCCUCGCAACCAUUGCCACAGUGUACUGGCGUAGUAACGAAGAAAGCGUGCAAGGAGAACGGUCGAAGGGGUAUUCCCGCUCCAAGGAGUCCCUCGAGGGCGCCUCGCGCGCCGACCGCGUGCAAGCCGCGGGCAAGUCUGGCUACCGCGGCCAUAACGUACCCCCAUUACCAGUGACACUCCUAUUAGCUGUCGUUCUUCAUUUUCCAACUAAAUAUCACAAAAUGUAA